AUGCCGCGUUCGCCGUAAGUUUUUGAUCUAGCAUUGUUCAGCAAAUGAAUUUCUUUAUUUUCAGCUCCAGAAAUGAUCGAGAUCGACGAGAUCGCGACCGGGAUCGUCUUCACUCCUCAAAAGAUCAUUCCAGCGUAAAUAACCAUUUUGUCUCAAUUUUUCAGCCCAAAAUAAAUUUUCCAGGACGUCGCAAAGAUGAAGGAAAAGAUGAGAAAUAAUUUGGAGUCGGCCAGAAGUUCCUCGCAAUUUUCUGCGAAAAAAACUGAAAAAUCCGAAACUCUCUCCGCGGAAGAGCAUUUGGCGCGCACAAAAGUCAUCGAACAGAUCGAGGAGGGCGCGUUUCAGCCGGGAAGUUUCAGAAGUGGAAGUGCCGCCAAAAAAGUACGCACUUUCCCGAAAAUUCUGCGACGAAUUAAUUUUUAGGACCAAAAGGCGAAACAAGAGACUUCUCACGAUGCGGCCAUCUUCGGACCCGCCUGGAAAUCGGCCGAGCAGCGAAAAGUCAUUGAAAAGGUUUAAAACUAAAGAAUUGCUUCGAUUAUUUCAACAGAAAACAUUUCAGAAAGAGUCAAACGUGGCCACCAUCAGUUUGCCGUCGGCUCCGACGCCGCCGAUGAAUGCGAUGGCUCCGAUGGUACCGAGCUAUGUGAGCUUUUAAGAAAUUUUCAUAAAAAUCAGUUUUACACUCAAUUUCAUUUAAAAAAAAAGGUUCAGAUGCACUCUGAAAACGCUGAGUUGCGAAAGGCCGACUGGAAAGUGUAUUGGACGAGUUUGCGGAACGAACUUUUGCAGCAAGGAUACUGA